UCGGUAAGCGCGUUUGCAGACGUCGUGCUAUUCUGUCUUUGCUGCGCUUUUCAAAAAAAGAUCUUGCAAAAAUAAAGAAAGGGAAAGGUUAUUAUAGAGGACGUGUAUUCAUUUCUGAAUAUUGGUUCAAGUUGUGUGCGGAUAUACAAGGAUUAGUUGUGUUCAUCUUUAAAAUUAAUUAUUCUAGAUUUGCCUGGACACUGGUUUGACUGCGACAUAGGGCUUUUCUGAAUAUUUGGUCUCAUCUCCUGGAGAGUAACACAAAGGUGAGAAAUGCCAGUUUCUCGUAAUACCAGAGGACUUCCAACCAAGCAGAGUAAACCAAUUAAUAAGGUUCCUGGGGUAGAGAACCAUAGGCCUGAAACGCAGGAGGAUGCAACUCAAUCCAAGAGAUCUCCAUCUUCACCCCAGGGAGGACCCAAAAAAAGAUCAGCAUUUGGAGAUUUAACAAAUGCGAACAAGAAUCAGGUUGCUGUACCAAAGAAGAAGGAAGGGCAAGAAGGGACCAAGCAGGGGGUGAAGAAAACACAGAAAAAUGUGGUCUUGCAAGGUGUCAGUAAAUGCAAUGAGAUCAACUUGAAAAAGUCAUCUUCUAAAACUUCUCCAGAAGAGAUAAAGGAAGAAGAGCAUACCACCAAUGAAAAACGGAUCAGCCCUGUGAAACAGCAAACCAAAGGUUGUAAAGGAGAAAAGCUGUCAAAGGAAAAGACCGUGGUGGUAGAUGAUGUGGACAAAGAAAACCUGGAUGAUCCUUUCAUGAAUGCAGUCUAUGCGAAGGACAUAUUCGAUUACAUGAAAGAAAGAGAGGUGAAAUUCAAGUUGCUAGAUUAUAUGGAAAAACAGGAGGACAUCACUCAGGAUAUGAGGGGAAUCCUUAUUGACUGGAUGGUGGAAGUGCAGGAAAAUUUUGAACUGAACCAUGAGACAUUAUAUUUGGCAGUUAAGCUGGUUGACCACUAUCUUGCAGAGUGCAUCUGUAAGAGGGAAACGUUACAGCUGAUUGGCUCCACAGCUAUCCUUAUUGCUUCUAAAUUUGAGGAGCGUUGCCCACCUUGUGUGGAUGACUUCCUUUAUAUCUGUGAUGAUGCUUACAAGAGAGAUGAACUCCUUACAAUGGAGAUAAAUAUCCUAAGGACACUGAUGUUUGAUAUUAAUAUCCCUGUGCCAUAUCGUUUCUUAAGGAGAUAUGCCAAGUGUGCUCAUGCAAAUAUGGAAACCUUGACAUUGGCUCGCUACAUUUGUGAACUGACAUUACAGAAUUAUGAUUUUGUCCAGGAGAGGUCAUCCCAUUUGGCAGCUGCUUGUUUGUAUUUGGCAAUGAAAAUGAAAAGUCUUGGAGGAUGGAGUCCCACCCUUGAAUAUUAUUCUGGUUACAAAGGAAUGGAAAAAAAAGAAAUAUAG